UGUGGAGGAGGGACACGUAUCAACAAAGCAGCAUGGAAAGAAGGAUGCCGCAGAUGUUCACUUGGAAAGAAAUGGAUGGGCUUUGAAGAAUAACGUCACAAGCAAACUAUUAAUUACUUGGCAAGAGAAGGAGCGUUUGUUUACUCUGCUGUGUCUGAACUUCUUCCGGGAGCCUGUCUACUACAUAUGCAGCCGAUGACCGUUGCUGGGAGAGCAGGGGCUCCCAUGUUGCUGCAUAUUUAGGCAUAUUUUUAUAAAUCUAUAUUUUUAGACACAAGGAGAAUACUCUCCACUUUGAUAAUGUUCCAGUUAUUGAAGGCAGCAGUUGGCGGGAUUGCAUCAAAAGUGGGCGACGGUGAGCCACUGAAGUACAACAACACUAGCCUACAAGUUCAUGAAGAGGAAGUUUUGUUUUGUAAAAAUAAUGUUUGUGUUCACUUACGAAAGAGUGUACGUAACGAUAUGAGACCGGGUAACGACGAACACAUUCCUGGAUACUUUAGCUUAAAGAGGAUUACAAAAGUUGGGAUGAUACCAGAUCUAUUACUGACUUGGAUUCCAAAUACUCUUCUAACAGUAGGCCAGCUAGAUGAAGGUCUACUUGAAGAAUCAGAUGCAACAAUAUGUAGUGAGACGAAUUCAUCACGCAUGUCUGCUAGUGAGAUAAGCUUUACUAAUAAUCAGGAAGAUGACCUGAAUAAAUUAAAUAUUGAUGGUACUGAAGCUGAAACUAUAAGCAAAGACACUGAGUCUACCAGUGGUGCAAUCAUAGCUACAGAGAGCAAAGAUGAAUUGAACAACUCUGUCCCAUACACUGAAUGUUUGAGUCAAAGAAGCUCAGCAUCAACUUCACCCAGGCAUGAGCCAGGUGAAGGAUUUGUGGCGCAAUAUGGGGGUAUAUUUAGCAUUAAUUUCAGUGACAUGAAAGCUGUGAAAUUGUUUCUGACAGAUAAAGAUGACACCAGUGGACAGUUGGUCAUCAGUAGCUUAGAGAACCAAUAUAAGGUGUUCCAUUUUCACCACAGUGGUCUUGAUAAACUUGCAAAAAUCUUCAACCUCUGGGAGGGUUGUGAAAAAGACAGUGAAGAUAAUUUUACAGAGACAUUGCAGAAAGUUUAUUUUAUAUCAAAGAAUUUCAAGUUUGGAAUGAAAACUGAAACUGGCGAAGAUAUGCAUCCUGAAGAUGGAAAUUACCUUCCACUGACUUUGGACAAAUGGAUGGGAUUGUUAAAUGCCAUGGGCCAAAUCGAAGAUAUCAAUAAUUUCAGAAAACAUGUCUUCUUUGCUGGUGUAAAUCCUGAAACAAGACCUGAUGCCUGGAAAUUUCUGUUGUACUGCUUUCCAAUUCAUUCAACUUCGUUUGAGAGAGACAGGCAAAGAAAAGAACAUGAAGAUGCAUACAGAGCCAUUCACGAGCAAAGGCUUUCGUUAACUGGUGAAGAAUACGAAAAGUUCUGGAAAAAUAUACAGUUUACGGUUGAUAAAGAUGUUGUGCGCACCGAUCGGAGCCAUCCAUUUUUUACAGGACAAGAUAAUCCGAAUGUGGAAAAAAUGAGGAACAUCCUCCUAAACUAUGCGAUUUACAACCCGGAAAUGGGGUACACCCAAGGUAUGAGUGAUUUACUGUCCCCAUUGUUGUCAACGAUCCAAGAUGAAGUGGAUACAUUUUGGUGUUUUGUUGGCCUGAUGGAAUUAAGUUUGUUUGCAACUACACCUACAGAUAAAUCCAUGGACAAAUCUUUGGGCUACCUGCGAGAGCUUCUGCGUGUGAUGUACCCCGAUUUUUACAUCCAUUGCCUGAUGCGAGACGAAGAGCUUGACUUGCUGUUCUGCCAUCGCUGGCUUGUUUUGUGCUUCAAGCGUGAGUUCAUAGAACCUGAAGUUCUCAGUAUUUGGGAAGCAUGCUGGUCUGGGUAUCAGACAGAUUACUUUCACAUUUUUGUUUGUGUUGCUAUGAUUCGUCUUUAUGGUAACAAGUGCAUCGAAAGUAAAAUGCGCAUUGACGAUAUGAUGCAGUAUUUCAUGGACAUGGCAAUGAAGUUUGAUGGUUCAGCAGUGCUCAGAGAGGCACGGAGCCUCCUCUACCGGUUCCGGAAGUUUCAGGUUAUUCCAUGCACACUGCAAGGUUUCCUUUCAGGACCGGGUGUUUGGGAUGGUGGCAUUGAACCAGAGAUAGAAUGUGUCAGUCGACAUCGAAGAUGCUGCUUGAUCACUGCCAACGAUUCGUCAAAUGCAAAAGAGAAUAAAAGAGACAUUCAGCUUCCAAGCCCAGUGCUGGUGCAAGCUGAUCAGGAGGAAGAUUUACCAGAUAAAGUGGAAGAGUUACCUGAUAAAGCGGAGGAUUUACCUGAUAAAGCGGAAGAUUUACCUGAUAAAGCGGAAGAUUUACCUGAUAAAGCGGAAUAUUUACCUGAUAAAGCGGAAGAGUUGCCUGAUAAAGCGGAAGAUUUACCUGAUAAGGCGGAAUAUUUACCUGAUAAAGCGGAAGAUUUACCUGAUAAAGCGGAAGAUUUACCUGAUAAAGCGGAAGAUUUGCCUGAUAAAGCGGAAGAUUUACCUUAUAAAGCGGAAUAUUUACCUGAUAAAGCGGAAGAUUUGCCCGGUAAAGAGGAGGACACAGGUAAAGAGAAAACCGAUUCCAAUGAAAAGACUGUUGAGAUCUCACUGGGGGCUGCAAACAGAGUGACUGAAGGUGGCGCAGUGACUAAUGAAGAUAGCUGAUAUCAUGAUGAUUAUGAUGGUGGUGACAUUGUUAAGUGAAAAAAGUUCCAAACGGUCGACCAUUUUUUGUUACCAUUUCUUCAAUUCUCCCCAUAUUAGAAAAUGUCAUUUAAAAAUAUAUCAUAUAUCAAAUUUUGAACAUUGUAAA